AUGAAAGAGGUUGUAAGGAAAGAAGUCAUGAAACUCUUAGAUACUGGCAUGAUCUAUCCAAUUUCUGAUAGUGCAUGGAGAUGCGAGAAAAGCCCAUUCCCCACCUCAUAUGGAAACAAAUAUAUCUUGGUGGCAGUGGAUUACGUAUCUAAGUGGGUAGAGGCAUCUGCUUUGCCAACCAACGAUGCUCGAUUUAUAAUAUCCUUCAUUAAGAAGAACAUUUUUGUGAGGUAUGAAGUACCGAGAGCAAUGCUCAGCAACAAAGGUACGCAUUUCUGUAAUAAACAAGUUGAGUAUGUGCUUGCUAAGUAUGGAGUUAGACACCGUAUUGCCACACCGUAUCAUCCUCAAAUUAGUGGGCAAGUGGAAAUAUCAAAACGAGAAUUGAAGCGCAUUCUUGAGAAAACAGUGGGAAAUGCUCAGAAAGACUGGGCUAGCAAGCUUAAUGGUGCCCUGUGGGAAAAGCUCAAAUCUAAAUGGUCAGGACUACUUGUGGUGAACGAGAUGCGUCCUUAUGGAACAAUAGAAAUUAGCCCAAUUGAUUCUGACAUAAGCUUUAAAGUUAACAAACAACGAUUGAAACCAUACCUUGGAGGAGAAAUUGAUAGAGGAACAGCUAUCGUUGCCCUUGUUAAAACUCAGAAGAGGAAAUGGCACCAAAGGACAAAAGUGUCAGGAAAAGAACUAGAGGAGCCACAGUUGCAAGGGAAACAUCUAGCUUCUCAAAUUUUGAUUCCCACAAGUUUAGGACAGCUGCAUAUGAAGAGAGAUUCAGGAAGAUGA